AAUAUAAAUAAAUCCUCGUGAUGUAACGGCACUCUUUUGUUGGGGCUGCGAGAUUCUCAGCUGUUCGGUUUAAAAGGCGAAUGAAAAUGCGGCGAAGUUGUCUUUUGAGGUAAAGGUGGAAACUGAAUUGUGUCCGCACCAUAAAGGACAUUUCUUCUCUAUUUUUGAAGGAAGCUAACAUUUCACAAGCUUGUGUUAAGAGGGCUGCGCGUAAGCGAAUUCACCAUGAAUAUGCACUUUGAAGGAUCCACUAGCGUCACUCUCUUGUUUGACUUCUGGAACGUGCACGGGCCUGCAGGAAUGGUGUUGUCGGUCUUUGUGGUUUUACUGCUCACCGUGUUAUACGAGCUUCUAAAAGUGUGGAAGAUCACAUUGGAAAAACGGAUGCAAUCUCCCAUCGCACAUUCUUCUAAUCCGGUGUCAUUCACAACCAACUCUUCCUGCUUCGCUCCUGUCACCGAGUGUCAUGGUGGAAGCUCUGAUCUGGCCAGCAGUCCCUCAGAGAUCUCAUUAGCUCCCACUGAGCAUACGGUUGAAACUGCUGGCUCCACAACAAGGACUAAGAGCUGGCUCAUUCACAGCAUCCAGACAGUCCUACACAUCCUGCAAGUGACGCUAGGCUACUUGUUGAUGCUCUGCGUCAUGUCUUACAACGUGUGGAUCUUUCUGGGCGUCAUCAUGGGCUCCGUCUUGGGAUACUUUUUGGCUUUCCCUCUUCUGAAUCACGUCUGAGAAGAACAAAAGAUGGAAAACAAGAUGCGACGGCCCUAAAUGCCUGUGGUCUCACUGAAACCUCCAGUCAUGAGCGAUGGGGAACUGUUUUUUAAAAUUACAUUUAUGAUGGCAAGCUGGUUAGAGUUAUUAUUUUAAACAAUAAGCUGUGCGAAAGGUUUAUUGUUUUGGAUAAUUCGUAAUUUUUUACUUUUUAAAGAGAAUAUUUUAAAGAUCAUGCUUGAAAUUGAAAUUUACUCGAGGUAAAGUGGGGCAGCAUUCUUGUUUGUAAAGACGUGCUGUAGAAGUGAUUUUAUACCUCAUUGAGAGGGUGUAAUAUAUCACAGCAUGUGAUUUCAUAUAUGAGGUUAUGAAACCUGUCAUGAUGCUGUAAUGUGAUCACAUGAUCUCCCAUUUAAACAGUUCGUUUCAGCACUGUACUAAAUGGCUGUAUACUGUAUUGACUGAUUUAACUAAUAAGCUCAUUUCUGUUAGGAAUGUUUAAAUUGUACUGUGAGAUUUGCUGGGGUUUUGCUCUUAUUUUGUGGAAUUGCAUCAAUUUUGAACCACGAGUGCGUCAAGAUCACAUUGGGCAUUACAGCUGAAUAGGGAACAAAAGUCACUGGUUUAAAUUUAAAGAGAUACAAAUCAUGUGGCUUGAGUUAAUAUUCUGUAGCUGUACAGAGAGGUUAGUGAGAGCAGAAAUUCAAGCAUAACACAGAAGGUGAGAUUUGAUUUCAUAUAACUAUUUGGAGAAAAUUAUUGCACUUGUGGAAAACUUACAAUCCUCACCACUUUUCAACUCGAUAUUAAUAAAACAAGGCAAUAAUUGUUUUGCUUCCAA